AGUUGGAUCACUUAAAAAUGGAAAUUUUUUAACAGUUUAAGUUAAUGAAACUUUUCUCUGGUCAUUCAUACUGCAUGAAAAAGGAACGCACUUUGGAAGCGGACUACCAAUUAAAAACGGCGGGAGGGAACCGGAGUUCAAGCUGUUAAUCUGCGCGACCACGAAAAAAUUGAGAUGAAAGCAAAGACUUCAAAAGUGACACUAGCCCAAAAUCUACUUAUUUCCUCCUUUGUUGAGUUGAUCAUUUGAAAAUCACUAUUAAAACACCACAAGGAAAAUAGAAGAAGCUUGCAUUGUAUGCCAUGUAAAUAUACAACAGGUGCAUCCCUUGAAAACCACAUAAUUUUGCGAACUAAUACCGAUGACAACAACUGAAGAAAAAAAAAAAAACGUGUCUUGAGCAAACUGCUGAGAGCGAGAGGUAUCAGAGACAACAAAUUGAUCACCAAAUGUUUGACGAAUACACCGCGACAUGACGCAAGGUUGAAGAAUACACCGCGACAAGAAAUAACAUGCGACCAAACAAAAAAAAAUAGAACGUUUCAGAGGUUAGUUAAAGUAUCUAGGGAACGGUUCGUCCGAUAUAUAUUUCAUCGCACCGGGAUACAGUUUCUAAGAGUAUUUAAAUCGCAUUCUUUUUCUCAAAAAGGUGCACAUCUUAAGGCACAAUACGCAUUGUUAACUCAUAAUCCAGCACUGAGAUCGACGGAUUUGAUCUUAAGGAACAUUGGUUACCUUUGUUAACAACAUGUUUUGACGACUACCGCAUGCAGGGAGGCAACAAGCCUUUGAUAUCGCGCCAUUAACAACACCGCACGUCGAAUCACCAGACGAAUCCAAAAUCAAAAGAUUGACACGGAAUCGUCCAGACAGAUGUAAAGACUGAAUGAGGAAACAAAGAGUAGCGUAAAGCAAAAAAAUCCUAAGACAAGGUUGACAAGAAAUACCGAGACGAGGUGAAUAAAAUCUGUUGAACACGAACAGAAGGAUGAAUUCAACAUUUAAUGCCACUGAUAUCGAUCAGCCAAACCUGGGUACAGUUUUCUUGGUGUCUGGUUCAUUUUUAGCCGUGAUAUGUCCGUUAACCGUCCUUGCUAAUGUAAUGCUUUUGAUAGCAAUAUACAAGGAUCCAUUUAACACGUUCCGCACGCCGACCGCGUGGUUCCUCGUGGGUCUUGCGAUCACAGAUUUGGCAACAGGUCUUGUUCCAGAACCCGUGGUUACAAGCUGCUAUUUUAUGCACUAUCAUCGACAUUCCAAAGUGGAACGCUGUGAAAAGAUCUUUAACAUUGCUGGUAUCAUUGCCGCUAUUACCACUAAUUCUUCAUUUUUGAUAGUCAUGGCGUUCACUUUCGCGCAGUAUGUGGCCGUUGCAUUUCCGCUCAAGUACAAGCGUUUUAUCAGCGUUCGAAAGACGUUAGUUUGCGUGGCGUGUAUCUGGCUAUAUUCAACCGUCUUCGAGAUGUCUCGAACCGUAGGAGUCCCUAGAGAGUUGCUGGAAAAACUCGACUUGUACAUCCACUCAACAUUAUCACUGUUAUUUACCAUCAUAACUUACGCUUUACUUCAGAAAGCCUUCCGCAAACAAAUGACGGCAAGAUCCGCUACCCUGCAUACCACAAAUUCAGUAAGCAUGUCCACAACGCACGAAGUUCACCCUCGGAAACAGAGACGGAAAUCAAAACCAAUGAUCGAAAGGAAUUUCGUGCGACUAAAUCUUCUUCUCAUUGUGAUACUAUUGCUGUGCUCGCAGCCGACCGCUAUACUGUGGUAUAUAUAUUUGUACGCUGAUGAAGACACGAAAAAAAGCCACACUCUUUUUGUGAUUCGCGUUAUCGCGGACAACACUCUCUACUUGAAGUUUUUUUUGGACCCGUUUCUAUUCGCUUGGCGGCUGCCGAAAUAUCGAAAAGCUUUGAGAACAACGUUGAGCAGAAAGAAGUGAGGAAAUGGACACUAAUAAUUGAAAUCACUCAGACACAGGAAAUUAACAUCAGAAUCAUUUGCUUACAAAUAUGUCUUAUACCUCAUUCAUAUCAAAGCUUAAAAAUAUUUUGAAGCUAUUCUGUUACACACAGCUGAUUUUUUCUUUCUUCAUAGAAGCCACUUAAACCGGUGAAUGUCGACUUUAAAGUUGGCAAAUUGAAAUACACUUAGUGACUACUUGAAUCCUAUAGAAAAUUCGACUUUUUAGUUCUCUGUUUCGGAUUUUCAUGCAGCUAAACCCGGUUUAACUAUAAAAAUGUUCCGUUGGUUUGAAUGGGGCAUAAGUUUCUUUCUGUCAGAAGCUGUUUCAAUCAGCUGAGAAAAAUAUUAAACUGACUUUUCAAAGACAUGUAAUGGAGGAAUAUUCUGCAGCCCAUACAAAACACCUGGAAAUAAAUUUCGCCGAUAAGAA